CAGAGCCCAGAGUUUGGGCUCCAAGGGAAACAAAAGGAACUGCCUGGAUCCCCAUGGCUAUGGCCAGCACCUUCAUACCAGGGCUGAACCCCCAGAACCCUCAUUAUAUCCCAGGGUACACUGGACACUGCCCACUACUUCGGUUCAGCAUGGGCCAGACCUAUGGGCAGAUGACUGGUCAGCUACUUCGAGGAGUUCCUGGCCUGGCCUGGCCCCCUGCCCAUCGCACACUUCUGCCUCCCAUCCGGCCUCCACCAUCUCCUGAGGUUCCCAGAGGAAGACCACUUGUCAGGCGUGGACAUGAAAGGCUCAGUUCCAGCAUGAUCCCAGGGUACACAGGUUUUGUACCCCAGGCACAGUUCCUCUUUGCUAAGAACUGUAGCCAGGUCUGGGCUGAGGCUCUGAAUGAUUUCACUCAGUGGUCUGGGGAACAAAGGAGUCAAGAACUGCCGAAGGAAGCCAAGGAAGAAAAAGACAUGGGGAAAGACCAAGAACCAAAGCCAGAGUCAGAGCUGGAGGCAGAGAAGGAGCUGGAGCCGGGGCAAGAGGCAGAACAAGCUUCCCCCUAUUCCAUGGAUGACAAAGAUCCUCGCAAGUUCUUCGUGCCAGGACCUACCCUCAGAACCUGGGCCUGUUACCUAACUAUGGGGGCUAUGUGCCAGGGUAUAAGUUCCAGUUCGGUCGCACGUAUGGGCAUCUCACCCAUGAUGCACUGGGCCUCAGCACCCUCCAGAAGCAGCUCCUGGUAUAGGUACCUGGACUUCAGGUUCUGUCUUCCCUUUCUUCCUAUCCCAGGCAUCCUUUUGCAAGGAAGAGAGGUGGGCCGCAGGGUGGGGGGAGGCACAAAGAAAAAUGGUUUGGAGGCCGAGCACCUUUUUUAUUAAUAGGUGUAAUAAAUAAAUAAAUAAAUACAUAAACAGAAGUCUGGGCUCCUCCUCCCUCUUCUGACCACCAGGCACUGGCCACAGCCUAUUUACAUUUGGGGGCUUAGGGAGCUGGCCCCAAUACUGUCACCCAUCCUCCUCACCACCUGGCCUAGGGAACCCUGCAAAUGGGCCUCUGGUCACCUCCCUCCAUAGGGACAUGCUUAUCUGUACCUAUGGAAGGGCCAGCCCAGAUGGCCGGGGAAAUCCUGGCAGCCCAGUGCUGCAUCCCUU